AUGGGCGGUGCGGUGUUUCUGGGAUGUUGGUUGAUGGGUGGGAGCUGGUUGGUCGGGGUAUUGGGUGUGGUCAGUCAUUUGAGUCAUUGGUGGUUCUUGGAAUUCGUCGAGGGCCCGCAUAUGCAGAAACUCUACGGCAACCGUCUCCGUAAAGACGGCGGUCUCACCAAAACCCUCAAAUCCAACCUUCCCAAUUCUACCGCCGUCCGCCAAGCCGUAUCCAAGCACCCUCGAGUAUCGCGAGUCGUAUCUGAAGUCAAUAGGGGCAUUGAAAAGGUGGAAGAACGGGUCAGGGGCGGGGUUGAAGACUUUUUGGAUCAUGCGAGGCCGAUGUUGGACGGGGUUGUGGACGAUGCUAGGGGGCUGUUGCAGCAGUCUAGGGAGAGGAUGAUCAUCACUCGCGUGGCCAAGCCCAAGGACCUCACUUCGUUCGACCCGUCUUCCUACUCUCUCCAGAUCCCGACCUCUUCGUCGUCUCCUACGCCCUACCCCGCGUUCCACGUUGGCCAGCCCAUUCCCAUCUCCUGGAAUGCCCCUUCGAACCACUCUUCCAAAGACUGGAUCGGUAUCUACCGACUCGGCAGCUGCAAGAGCGAGAUUGUCACAAAGAUUUCGAGUGUUGGCAAGUGGGUUGGAGUUUACGAGGAGGAAUGGGAGGGUAAUGAGCAUGUCACGCCGGAGAGUGAGGGUAAGAAGGCGGACGCUGGGAUGGUUGUCUUGAAGGGCAAGCAAUUGCCUUGGCAGCCGGGACAGUACGAAAUUCGGUACCACCACGAUGGGAAACACAACGUCAUGUCCCGUCUCGCCCCCAUCGAGCUCUACGUCGACAAACCUCGUGCUUCUCGUUCUUCCCGCCUGUCUUCUCCCCGUCGUUCUUCCGCAUCUCUGUCUUCCUCCCCUUCCAAGUCGGUGAAGACGGCCGAGAUUAAGGAGGAAGUCGGUGUGAAGGAGGUGAGGGAGACGAUGAUGAAACUUGUCUGCCUGGCGUUGGAGGGCGAGGAGGAGCUGGUGCCGAAGGCGGCAAAGGGCAAGGCUGUUAUGAGGCUUGCGUCUGUACCCACUGCCGCAUCUCAAGUCUCGCCCGGCAAAGCUCUCAACAAGCCCACUCUGUCUUACACGCCCGAGCUCGACGAGGGCGACGAGGGCGAAGACGGCGUUGAAGCCGAUGCCGAGGUUGAGGACCAAGGCUCCCUCUUGGGCUCUGGUGUAUCCGGAGGAGAGAAGCGAGCUGGAAAGGCUGGGAAGGCGGAUAAGAAGGGGAAAGGGAAGAAGGGUGGAGUCGGGAUCGAAGACGAGGUGACGCCCACCAAGGAUACCUUCUCGCCUAGCAAUCUUGCGUCUGCCGACAAUCCACACGCUCUCGACCACCUGGCCUCUCUCGCUGACCGGUCUGCCGUCCCCCAACGUUCCAUCCUAGGCUUGGCCGACGACGACUCUACUCGCGACCCCGGUAUAGACCGCUCUGUCGAUUCCGACAGCGACCCCGAACCCGAGGGGGACGAUUUCACAAUCAUGACCGAAACCCAAGCCAAACGCAUCGCCACACUCGCCAAGUACGCCUUUGGGGUAGAGCUGGAUGCGGAUGUGGUAGUGGCGGAGGCGAAUGUGGGGGCGUUGGCGAGGAGGGUUGUGGGUGCUUGGAGUUUGGCGGCUGUCUAG